CUUUCCCUCGCACACCUCCGCAAUGAGAACGCUGCCCAAGCGAGGGAACUUAUACACCUCCGCAACGAGAACGCUGCCCAAGCGAGGGAACUUGUUUCUUUGAAGAAAAAACUCGCCCACUAUCACCACUACGAGGAGCAGCAAGAACGCAAAGAAGAAAUACAGCAACAACAACAGUUCGAAAUUUCCGAGUUGGAAAAAGGUAUUACGUUCCGGGAUUCGAAACUGGACGAACAGAAUGAAAUGUUCCAAACAUGGAAGGAUUUGGUGCAUACCCUGACAGGGGGGUUGCGAGAGAUUAGGAGGGAAAAUGAGGAGUUGAAAGAGAAACUCAAGCAGCAACAGCAACAGAAAGAGCAGCAGCAGCAGGAUCUACCACAGAAAGCAGCUGAAUCUAACGCUUCUGGUCUACCCGACUCCGUGCGAUUCCACUCGGAGAAUCCUGUCGGAAAUUCCGCAUUGAAGCAUCAUACUGGAGAAGACCAAGAAAUAGAAGAUGCAUCCGACGAUGCAUCUGACGAUCAACCCAACAUCAAUACCCCAGAAGAAGUAGAAACAGAAGCAUUCAAUCACAAUGACCGCGGAAAAGAUGAUGACGCCAAAAACACUCUCGAAAACGAAAUUCAAAAUCUACUCCAAGCGGCGGCAAGUUUGCCCGGGUUGAAGCUGUCCCCCAGUAGGAGAGGGAGAGACGGUGUUGGAGAAGAUGAAGGAGGAAGAGGAAGAGGAAGAGGAAGAGGAAGAGGAGACGACACUCUCAAAGUAGAGAAGAAAGAAAACAAAAAAUCAGAAGAGGAUGAUGAUGAUGGAGAAAAAGACAUCUUUCAGAAACAGAGAGAUCUCAUGAGGGCAAAGUAUCCUUCGUCGGACGAAGAAUAAGAAGAAGGAGAAGGUGAAGAUGAUAAUAAUAAUAAUAAAGAUGAUGAUAGGG